AUGGCGCAGGCUCAGCAAGCAUCCCUCCAGCACCGCCAACCUGGCUCUGGCUCUGGGUCGGGCGGAGAAGCGCAGCUGUGUAGCAGCGCGCUGAGGAUCUGUCAAGAUGCUCUGCAACAACGCGACAGGGACGAGGAGGUGGAUGGGCGCGGGAGUCAGGAUGAGGGCCAAGCGAUCCUGUUCAUAGUCAUGGGCGUAUCAGGUAGCGGCAAGUCCACAUUGGGUCAACAUCUCGCCUGCGCUCUGCAAUGCGCCUUUCUAGAUGCAGACGAUCUACACUCUCCUCGCAACGUGGCCAAAAUGUCGCGUGGAGAGGCGCUGGAGGAUGGGGAUAGGUGGGACUGGCUGAAAAGCGUCAGAGAGGAGGGUGUGCGCGUAGCGAGGAGGGGCUUGCAGGGUGCUGGGCAUGCCAUUUCUCAGAAAAGGGUGGCAGAGGCAGACGGAGAGAAGGGGGAGGAAAUGGAAAUGGAUAUGGACAUGGAGGUGACGAAAAGGAGGGAAUUGGCGGAAGUUAGAGAGACGGCGGGGUUGAGGCAAGAGCAACAUCCUCAUCCUCAUCCUCAUUCUCAUCCGCAAGUCGAACACCACGACGCUUCAUCUUCACCUCACGAUUCGCUCCAUACUCUCGCAGCAAGCAAGAUUUCGGCAUACAGCAGUCUCGCACCUCGCAGUUCGUCCAACGAACGGCGGGCAAAUUGCGCAGUGAUAGCCUGUUCAGCGCUCAAGCGCAUCUACAGGGACAUUCUCCGCGGCGGCGCGUCCAACAAAAGCGCAAACGUUCGGACCUAUCACCUCUACCUUCGCGUAGCCCCCUCGGAGCUUCACAGACGCCUCACUCAUCGCAGGGGACAUUUCAUGAAGGAUGUUUUGCUGAAUAGUCAGCUCGAUACGCUUCAAGAACCAACGCAUCAAGAUGAAGCGGAUUGUUUCGUGUUGGGUGCGGAUGAGCACGCGACGAGCGGGGCUUCUUCGCAGUUGCGCAAAGAGCAGCGCGAGCAGCGCGAUUUGAAGGCAAAGGUGGAGCUGAUGCUGGAUCGAGAUAUCCUUGCGCAGCUUGGGCGCGCAUCAAGCACCUCUUCUCCUCCCACUGCCACCGCUUCGGGCACAACAAGCACCAACAGCAACUGCAAAUCCAGCAGCACAACUCAGCAGCAGCCCAAAGCCCAAGCCAAACUUUUGCACGCUCAAAAUCUCUCCCUUCCCCUCUCCGUCUCUUCUUUCCCCACAUCCAGCACGUCGGCGAACAGAUCGACAGAUACGUCGGCUCUAGAAAGUCUUUCUCGUGCGCUCGAAGAGCUUCAGACUGACCUGAAUGCCCGGUUGACGGAGGUGAAAGAGAUGCUUGAAGGGGCAGGUGGAGAGAAGUCCACCCAUUCGGGGUUUUUUGGAAAGGGAGCAGCAGAAGAAGAAGAAGAGGAUGAAGAGGAUGAAGAAGGGGACAUGAAAGAGUAA